AUGAUGCACUGUCUAGGGAUAAAGGAACAUCAGGUGGAAGUGAUUAUCGUCCCCGCGCUGCUGCUCUUCGGCACCCUGGUCACCUUAUUGCCCCUGUUUAUACUGAGGUAUUGCUGUGAUCGCAAUCGGACACGAGUCAGAACGGCCCAGCGCUACCACAGCUCAUCACACAGUCAGACAGAGAGGCAUCAACACCAACAACAUAGCACCAACCACCACCACAGUCAUCGCACCAAGCACCAACAUCACAGAUCUCAUCUGCAGGGCAUUGAUGCGCCCCCUGGCAUCAACCCACUGGAACAUGAAGAGCUGCCGAUGUCUGUUACACAAGUGCGGCAGAAUGUCAGGCCAGCGAUGGCUGUAGAACCACAGACGUCCACAGAAAGGCAUCACGAAGCCUUCAGCCAGGUUGCUGCACUGCCGCAGACUUUCUCCAUCCACCCUAAUGACACAGUCAACUUCUUCAGAGCACGCACGGACAACAAGAACGUCGUGCUGAGAGUGCUGAAAGGUGACCCACCGUUUGCUCAGGUCCCGUCGUCUGAACUUCUGCAGCAUCUCCAAAGAGGGAGUCACCUCAAACGACCGGACACCUGCUCCAACUCACU